AUGCCGUUACUGAAGCCUCGUGCAACGAAACUUCCGCGCACGCUUUCAAUAUCUUGGCAGUGCAAAGGCAUACGGCCACCGAUGGCUACUGCAUCCUUCGUCACCUACUUUCAGAAUCCCAGGGAGCUACCGGUGCCGGAGUUCCGGGCACCGCCGCCGUCCCCGGUCACCGGCGUUCUUACAGGCAGCAGCUCAGGCUCGUCCGGGUACGGCGAGUGCCAGGACGAUGACGAGAUCGGCAGGUUCUUGCGCUGCGCCGCCAGGGUCCCGGUGCUGCUGCUGCCGGAGAGGCCCGUCCCACGGAAGAAUAAGAAGAAGGCACCGUGGGCCCCGCCUGUCAUCGACAUGCGCCUGCUGAACUUACCGUCACCGGUGGGCGGAGGUGGGCCGACGGUGGAGGCGCUGAAGUCGGCGGCCGUCGCGUUUGGCUGCUUCCAGGUGGUCGGCCACGGUGUCGACGGGGGCUUGCUCUCGGCAGCGCUGCGUGCUGCGACGGCAAGGGGGGGACCGCCGGCAUGGGGGGAGAUGGAAAAAUAG